AUGAGCGGGCAUUUCACUGGGCCGGAGCUUUCCAAUCUCCAUAAAAGCUUCCUCAGAAUGAAGUUACUUAUACUGGGCCUCGUAGGCCUGGCCUACGCUCGGCCGCAGCUGGACUGUCCAUCUGAUGGCAGACAGUACCUGUUGGCCCAUGAAUCAGAUUGCGCCAAAUACUACGUGUGUCAGAAUGGAGAAAAACUCGCGACAUCACAGUGUCCCGUCGACACAUAUUUCUCACUGGAAAAUCAGAUAUGCGAACAGCGCAGUCGGGUUUCUUGUGGGCAAAGGGCGCUGACAUCUUCAAUACAAAUAAAUUGUCCAUCAUUUUACUUCGGUGACUUUUUCAUUCCGCACGAAUCUGAUUGUUCGAUGUAUUACAAGUGCGAAUCGGGUAGACCCGUGCUGAAGUCAUGUGAACAUGGAGGGCAUUUUAAUCCUUCCGCUUGGCGGUGCACCCUCCCAGAGUUAGCGGGCUGCCAAAUCAAGAACGAAGCUGAGGUAUCAGACCAAAACGACCAGAACCCAAACCAAGACCAAACAGACGAUAAUGAUAACAAAACCUUCCCAAAUGGUUGUCCCAGGGACUUUCGUAACGAUAAAUAUUUCCCCCAUCCAAAAUGUAAUAUGUUCUACCAAUGUGUACAUGGAAGCUACGUUUCGAUGCCAUGCGCUCCUGGCACCGAGUUCAGCUAUAGACUCCAGAAAUGCACGUGGCCACACCAAUCUGAUUGUGCUAAUGCUGGAGAGAACAAUGGAGGUGAUAUAAAUGGCGAAGACAGAGGUGGAAACGGAGGUAAUGGUGGAAAUGGUGGAAACGGAGGUAAUGGUGGAAGCGGAGGUAAUGGAGGCGGUGGAGGCAACGGUGGUAAUGGAGGCGGUGGCGGCAAUGGGGGAAACGGAGGCAAUGGUGGAAACGGUGGUAAUGGAGGCGGUGGUGGAAGCGGAGGUAAUGGAGGCGGUGGAGGCAAUGGUGGUAGCGGAGGCAAUGGAGGCGGUGGAGGCAAUGGUGGUAAUGGAGGCGGUGGAGGCAAUGGUGAAAACGGUGAUAGUGAAGACGGUGGAGGCAAUGGUGGAAACGGAGGAAAUGGUGGAAAUGGAGGUGAUGGAGGCGAUGUUGGAGAUGGUGGAAACGGAGGUGACGGAGGCAAUGGUGGAGAUAGUGGAAACGGAGGUGAUGGAGGUAAUGGUGGAGAUGGAGGUGACGGAGGCAAUGGUGGAGAUGGUGGAAACGCAGGUGACGGUGGUAACGGUGGAAACGGAGGUGAAGGCGGUAACGGUGGAGAUGGAGGUGACGGCGGUAACGGUGGAGAUGGGGGCGACAGCGGUAACGGUGGAGAUGGAGGCAAUGAUGGAGAUGGAGGCAAUGGUGGAGAUGGUGGAAACGGAGGUGACGGAGGCAAUGGUGGAGAUGGUGGAAACGGAGGUGAUGGAGGCAAUGGUGGAGAUGGAGGCGACAGCGGUAACGGUGGAGAUGAAGGCAAUGGUGGAGAUGGUGGAAACGGAGGUGAUGGGGGCAAUGGUGGAGAUGGAGGCGACAGCGGUAACGGUGGAGAUGGAGGCAAUGGUGGAGAUGGAGGCGACAGCGGUAACGGUGGAGAUGGAGGCAAUGGUGGAGAUGGAGGCGACAGCGGUAACGGCGGAGAUGGAGGCAAUGGUGGAGAUGGUGGAAACGGAGGUGACGGAGGCAAUGGUGGAGAUGGUGGAAACGGAGGUGAUGGAGGCAAUGGUGGAGAUGGAGGCGACAGCGGUAACGGUGGAGAUGAAGGCAAUGGUGAAGAUGGUGGAAUCGGAGGUGAUGGGGGCAAUGGUGGAGAUGGAGGCGACAGCGGUAAUGGUGGAGAUGGAGGCGACGGUGGUAACGGUGGAGAUGGAGGCAAUGGUGGAGAUGGUGGAAACGGAGGUGAUGGAGGCAAUGGUGGAGAUGGAGGCGACAGCGGUAACGGUGGAGAUGGAGGCAAUGGUGGAGAUGGUGGAAACGGAGGUGAUGGGGGCAAUGGUGGAGAUGGAGGCGACAGCGGUAAUGGUGGAGAUGGAGGCGACGGUGGUAACGGUGGAGAUGGAGGCAAUGGUGGAGAUGGAGGCGACAGCGGUAACGGCGGAGAUGGAGGCAAUGGUGGAGAUGGUGGAAACGGAGGUGAUGGAGGCAAUGGUGGAGAUGGAGGCAAUGGUGGAGAUGGUGGAAACGGAGGUGAAGGCGACAGCGGUAACGGUGGAGAUGGUGGAAACGGAGGUGACGGAGGCAAUGGUGGAGAUGGAGGCGACAGCGGUAACGGUGGAGAUGGAGGCAAUGGUGGAGAUGGAGGUGACGGAGGCAAUGGUGGAGAUGGUGGAAACGCAGGUGACGGUGGUAACGGUGGAAACGGAGGUGAAGGCGGUAACGGUGGAGAUGGAGGUGACGGCGGUAACGGUGGAGAUGGGGGCGACAGCGGUAACGGUGGAGAUGGAGGCAAUGAUGGAGAUGGAGGCAAUGGUGGAGAUGGUGGAAACGGAGGUGACGGAGGCAAUGGUGGAGAUGGUGGAAACGGAGGUGAUGGAGGCAAUGGUGGAGAUGGAGGCGACAGCGGUAACGGUGGAGAUGGAGGCAAUGGUGGAGAUGGUGGAAACGGAGGUGAUGGGGGCAAUGGUGGAGAUGGAGGCGACAGCGGUAAUGGUGGAGAUGGAGGCGACGGUGGUAACGGUGGAGAUGGAGGCAAUGGUGGAGAUGGAGGCGACAGCGGUAACGGUGGAGAUGGAGGCAAUGGUGGAGAUGGUGGAAACGGAGGUGACGGAGGCAAUGGUGGAGAUGGUGGAAACGGAGGUGAUGGAGGCAAUGGUGGAGAUGGUGGAAACGGAGGUGAUGGAGGCAAUGGUGGAGAUGGAGGCGACGGUGGUAACGGUGGAGAUGGAGGCAAUGGUGGAGAUGGAGGCGACAGCGGUAACGGUGGAGAUGGAGGCAAUGGUGGAGAUGGAGGCAAUGGUGGAGAUGGAGGCAAUGGUGGAGAUGGUGGAAACGGAGGUGACGGAGGCAAUGGUGGAGAUGGUGGAAACGGAGGUGAUGGAGGCAAUGGUGGAGAUGGAAGCGACAGCGGUAAUGGUGGAGAUGGAGGCGACGGUGGUAACGGUGGAGAUGGAGGCAAUGGUGGAGAUGGAGGCAAUGGUGGAGAUGGUGGAAACGGAGGUGAUGGAGGCAAUGGUGGAGAUGGAAGCGACAGCGGUAAUGGUGGAGAUGGUGGAAACGGAGGUGAUGGAGGCAAUGGUGGAGAUGGAAGCGAUAGCGGUAAUGGUGGAGAUGGAGGCGACGGUGGUAACGGUGGAGAUGGAGGCAAUGGUGGAGAUGGUGGAAACGGAGGUGAUGGAGGCAAUGGUGGAGAUGGUGGAAAUGGAGGUGACGGAGGCAAUGGUGGAGAUGGAGGCGACAGCGGUAACGGUGGAGAUGGGGGCGACGGUGGUAACGGUGGAGAUGGAGGCGACGGUGGUAACGGUGGAGAUGGAGGCAAUGGUGGAGAUGGAAGCGACAGCGGUAAUGGUGGAGAUGGAGGCGACGGUGGUAACGGUGGAGAUGGAGGCAAUGGUGGAGAUGGUGGAAACGGAGGUGACGGAGGCAAUGGUGGAGAUGGUGGAAACGGAGGUGAUGGAGGCAAUGGUGGAGAUGGUGGCAAUGGUGGAGAUGGAGGCAAUGGUGGGGAUGGUGGAAACGGAGGUGACGGCGGUAACGGUGGAGAUGGAGGCAACGGCGGAAAUGGUGGAGAUGGAGGUGAUGGCGGUGACGGAGGGGAUGGAGGCAAUGGUGGAGAUGGUGGUGGCGGCAGUGAAGCUAACAGAUGCAAAGAGAACUGCUAUGUACCGUUCUGGAAACACGAAACUGACUGUGACAAAUUCUGGCGAUGCGACAAUAAUGAAGUUGUUCUUGGAGUUUGUUCUGAAGGCCUUAGGUUUAAUGAGGAAAAGCAGACCUGUGACUUCGCCUGCAACGUUGAUUGCCAAAGGGCUGAAAUUCAGUCCACUGCGGGCAUUGAUGGGCUAAGAGUUUUUCUUCCAUGGAACACAGUUGACUCUCUUCUAGAAAUCGCUAGAAAUACUAAGAAAACCGACGACCAAUAUGAAUAUUAA